CAGCGAAUAGCGCGAAGCCUACAGCUGCGCAUGCGCUUUUUUGAGGAGCUUCCCUCCGAUAAAGAAUGGACGGCGAAGCUACAUGCUAUUUUUGCGCCAGAGUAGCAGCGAUUUCUGGUGGUUUCUUUCUUUGGUAUUGAUGACCAGAUUCCAAGAUGGAUGAAACCCAGUGGUUGAACCUCAAAAAGCACCUGGCUGUGUACAUGGUGGAAGUGUACUGCUGUAAGCUGUGCAACGACUUUUCAUCCACUCACAAGACUGUGGUUGCAUCCCAUAUGAACAGUGUGCAUCCAGGAGAUGUUGAGGGUCUGAUGAAACUCGACCCCAACGAACCGAGCACCGUGGCUGACACCGAGGUACAGGUCGCGGAGGAGGAAGACAGUGGAAGCAAGGAGGAGGCUGCGGGGGAAAGUGCAGAUUUAGUGUUUGCCAAGCAGGUAGCCGAGAGCAAACAUAUCGAGAAAGAGAUCUUGCAGAUGCUACAGACAAACAGUGAUGUGCUUCUGCAAGUGGCUGGUGAAGAACACAAACUGAUGCAGGGUGGAACCAACAAAGAAAACAAGCGAUCCAAGAAGAACAAGAAGCGCAAGAAAUCAAAGAAAAAGGAUGAGAGCGAUAAAAAGCCAAGGAGGAAAAAUAAGACCUGCAAGAUGUGUAACUUUACUACAAAGUCUUCUGAAGAAUUCAGAUCCCACCUUGAGAGUCACUACAAGGAUCCCAACAGCCGCGUGUGCGAUGUUUGCGAGACUAUGUUUGAUUCGUACAAGGCCUUAUUGAAGCAUACAAGAAAAGGAUGCCCUCCUUCUCAUCCGCAGGUUUAUAAGUGUGAGGAGUGUGGGAAAACUUGUCAUGAUCGCAGAGCUAUCAUAGAGCAUAUGGUUGUCCAUUCAGAAGAGAGACCCUACUCUUGUCAUAUUUGUGGCAAAUCAUACAAAACCAAAAAGAUUUUACGUCGCCAUGAAGGGAUCCAUGCCAUGUCUAGGGAUGUCUUCCAAUGCCCAGAGUGUAACUUCAAGACCCAUUGGAAAACCAAUAUCAAGCGGCAUAUACUAGAGGUCCACCAAAAGGAUUCUCGUCCCCUGUACUCCUGUUCCCACUGCCCCUUUACCACGCCCAACAAAAGAUACAUCGAAAAGCACAAGUUUGGCCAUUGGAAGGACUGCCCUUAUAUGUGUGAAAACUGUGGGAAGAUGUUCAAAGCCGAAAUAGACCUCGAGGACCAUAAACAGAUGCAUGUACAACCUGAUGUUGCCUGGCAGCUGAUCCAGCUCCAGAACAGUGAACCACAACUGGUGGAGGAGACGAUCGUCCAGUACCAGCCGCAGCUGCAGAUGCAUGCCCAGGAGAUUCAGAUCCAUGACCCUAAUACCGAUCUGCAGGCUGUUCAGGUCACUAUGGCUGAGCAUGAUGAAGCAGCUAAGACUAUUGUACUUUCACAGAUCCCUGUUGUGCAGUACUUGGACAUCGUGGCUGGAGAAGUAGUUUCUGGUCAAGAAAUUCAAGAAUAACUACAUUUAUGCUGUGUAAUAUUUCCAGUGUGCCUUAAAAGGAAGCAUUUACAGAUGAAAAGUCCAAAUUGUGACCUGAGAACCAUCAAUCCCCACCUUGGGUAAUUCAGAAAUUUACAUCAUUGAUGCAAUGACUAUUGAAAAUGAAAAGCUGUGUCAACUUGCAUAUACAUGUAUGCAAUGAAAUAUCUUUUAGUCUAAGUGCAUACUAAUGAAAUUGUAUAUUACUUCUAAAUUAAAGGACAAGUCCACCCCAACAAAAAGUUGAUUUGAAUAAAAGAGAAAAAUCCAACAAGUAUACCACUGAAAAUUUCAUCAAAAUCGGAUAUGUAUAAUAAGAAAGUUAUGAUAUUGUGAAGCUUCGCUAAAUUUCACAAAAUGCUUAUAUGCACAUCUUGGUCAAUAUGCAAAUGAGGUGACUGAUGACUUCACCCAGAUGAAAUAUUCUAAUUUUCUCCUCAUUGUCCUGUGAAACAAAGUUUUAUUUCUCCCAGAGUAUGUAGUAUUACAUGUACCAUUGUUUUAACAUUUCAUGGUUCAGUCAAGUUCGUCCUUAUUGUCACAUUGGUAAAAAUUGAAAUAUUGUAUAAUUCAAACAAUAAAAGACAAAAGAAAUAGUGAGUGAGGGAUAUCGACUCUCUCAUGUGCAUAUCACUGAGUGACUGAAUUGUUCAUACACUGUAUCACUGUUUUGUGAAAAAUAAGCAAAACUUUAAAAUGUCAUAACGAGCAUAUUUUACAUCUGAUUUUGAUGAAAUUUUUAGUGUUGUAUUUGUUUGAUUUUUCUCUAUUUACUAAAAUCCAAAUUUUUCUGGGGUAGACUUGACCUUUAAAGAUAUUUUUUAUAAUAUGUAUGAGCAGUAGAAGAACUAAUGUGAUCAGUGUGAAAUUUGUUCAGAAAUUAUUUUUUUUGGUUGCAAAUUCCAAACAUUCCAGACUGAAAUUAUAUUAUGUACAUAUUUCACAUUUUAUUGAUUUUCAUUUCGCAUUUGUACUUUAUUCAUUUGGAAUGAUACUGGUACAUAAAAGGAAAAAAACAACAUGCAUCAAUAAUAUGAUGUGUAUACAGUAAGUUUCAUCACAUAUUAAUGAACAUCAGGGCCCCGUCUUACAAAGAGUUACGAUUGAUCUGACCAACCUCAAGUAUAUGGAAAUCCAUCAAUGUCAUAAUUUUUUCUUAAGGAAAUUUGCACAAUGUCAUUUGAAAACAAAGAGAUGCAUACUGAAUCGUCAAGAAAACAAUGAAUGCAUGAAUAUACAUCAUAUCUACAAAAUAUUUUGAACAAACAUACAUGCUAGAUGUUGAUGUUGCUGGCUUUCCAUAGUUGUGGGUGAUUGGAUCAAUCGUAACUCUUUGUGAGAUGGGGCCCAGGAGAAGCUCGCUGAAUGCAGCUUCCAAUAUACAUUUUUUAUUUCAUUACAAAGUUGGAAAUCAUUUGAAUAUUCAAAAAUAUGUCAUAGCCUGUAAAAACUUACUACCAACCACUGUAGGGCAAUAGGGGUACAUGUGGACUUCACUCUGAGAUCAAAUUGAUUCUAAUUGGGAAGCCUAAAUUUUGACAAGUAUAAUGAUGGAAAUUUCAUCAAAUUUGGAUGAAUUACAACAAUGACAGUAUUAAAAAAAUUAUCAUUAUUUCCCAAAAUAGUGAGACCAUUUCUGAUUUUGUAUGGUGAAUUGGUGAUGGUGUCACUAUAGCCCACUUUUGUUUUGUCAGAUAUGAAAAUUACAAAUGCAUGUAUUUUCAUUUUCUGAUCUAAGAAAUGUUUGGCUCUGGAUUGAAUUUAUAAAAAUAAAAAAAAGAAGAAGGAAAAAAAAUGUUCACAUAUAUUCAGUUUCAUCAUUCACAUAAAAACAUCUUUCAAAAAUAUAUGUAUUCAUAUCAUUUUGAUUGAAUUGAUAGGUGCAUUCCACUGAUUUUUGUCUCGCCUGCAUAGCAGAGCGAGACUAUAGGCGCCGCUUUUCCGACGGCGACGGCGGCGGCGUCAACAUCAAAUCUUAACCUAAGGUUAAGUUUUUGAAAUGACAUCAUAACUUAGAAAGUCUAUAGACCUAGUUCAUGAAACUUGGACAUAAGGUUAAUCAAGUAUUACUGAACAUCCUGCCUGAGUUUCAGGUCACAUGACCAAGGUCAAAGGUCAUUUAGGGUCAAUGAACUUUGACCAUGUUGGGAGAAUUAUUUUCAAAAUCUUAACCGAAGGUUAAGUUUUUGAAAUGACAUCAUAACUUAGAAAGUAUAUGGACCUAGUUCAUGAAACUUGGGCAUAAGGUUAAUCAAGUAAAAUUGAACAUCCUGCUUGAGUUUCAGGUCACGUGACCAAGGUCAAAGGUCAUUUAGGGUCAAUGAACUUUGGUCAAGUUGGGGGUAUAUGUUGAAUUACCAUCAUAACUUUGAAAAUUUAUGGAUCUAGUUCAUGAAACUUGAACAUUAGGUUAAUUAAGUACCACUGAAUAUCCUGUGCGAGUUUCAGGUCACAUGACCAUGGUCAAUGGUCAUUUAAGGUCAAUGAACUUUGGCCGUGUUGGGGGUAUUUGUUAAAUUACCAUCCUAACUCUGAAAGUUUACGGAUCUAGUUCAUAAAACUUGGAAAAAAGAGUAAUCAAGUAUCACUGAACAUCCUGUACGAGUUUCAGGUCACAUGACCAUGGUCAAAGGUCAUUAAAGGUCAAUGAACUUUGGCCGUGUUGGGGGUAUUUGUUGAAUUACCAUCGUAACUCUGAAAGUUUAUGGAUCUAGUUCAUAAAACUUGGGAUAUAAGAGUAAUCAAGUAUCACUGAACAUCCCCUGUGAGUUUCAGGUCACAAAACCAAGGUCAAAGGUCAGUUAAGGUCAAUAAACUUAGGCAAUGUUGGGGUAAUUGUUGAAUUGCCAUCAUAACUUUGAAAGUUUAUAGAUAGAGUGAAUGAAAUGUGGACAUGGGUGUAGUUGACAAGUCUUAAGUCACCGUUCAAAUGUCAUUUAUGGUCAAUGAACGUGGUAUUAUGUCAUUAUAUGAAUGGUGUUUUUGUGAAUGAUUAUUUUAUAGUAGUUUUCAAAGUUAGCACUGCUGCUAUAUUAAAUCGCGUAAUGCAGGCGAGACUGCCAGAGGCGUUCCACUUGUUAUCCGUUUUUAUCCUGCUGAGAUCCAAGACAUUCUUGGUUCAUUUAGGUUAUCAAUGGGAGUAGAACCCCUCCCCCUUCCUUUCCCCCCUCAAAAGCAUUUGUGUGAUAACUACAUGUACUGAACUUCAUACAUUUCAUUCCUGGGAAUACUUGUGUAAUUUUUUUUCAGUUGUUGAGUUUGGAGCUGGUACUAUAGAAUGAGAAGAUUAAUGAAAUUAGUCUUUAUGCACCUGUUUAUUGAAACCAUAAAAAUGUUAUAGAAGUUACAUGUUUAUUAAGAUAUUUUCAAGUUGAUAAAAAUUUAAUUUUGUUCAGAAAAAAAUAAUGGAGUACAUGUUUGGUUUUCUUAAAUUGUUAAGUUUUGAGAUACGUAGACUCUUUAAAAAUAUUUUGAUCCAGGUAUGUUGUAUUUAAACUUUUGUAUGAACUUGUUGCUGGGUAUUUCUUGCAAGUUUAUUACAGCAUGGGUUGAUAUACAUGUAUUUUACCUCUUUCAGUAUUCAUAAUCAUAAAGGAGUGUACAAGCACUUGGAAUCCGAUCCAAAUGAACAGUUGUUAAAGUGUAUGCAUGAGCAGAGUGCUCUUAUGAAUUAUAUUCUGACUUGUUCUAGAAAUGCUAAUGGCGCAGUCACAUUUCCCCUACGGCGGCCGUACGGCGAGUCGAAAACAGCCGUUUGCACGUUUUUGAACCAGCUACAUAUUGGUGGCUUGAAUAAAAAUGAAUAAAACGGCUGUUUUCGACUCGCCAUACGUCCCCGUAAGGAAAAUGUAACUGCAGCAUAAGUAGACGUUCAAAAUUAACUACCCAUGUUUUUAAUCCUCCUUUGUGAACAAUUUAUGGUUCUGAAUUUGAAUAAAAGUGCUUUUAAGCAUUUUGUGAACUGCAUACUAA